GGAGGCGGUGGAGAGGGCAACGGGCGCGGUGGUGGCGGUGAAGGCGUGUUCCAAGAAGGUUCUCAAUGCACGCCCGGCCUACAUCAGCCGCACCAUCGAGAUCGAGGCGCUGCAGCGGCUGUGGGCAGCACCAGCACCGGUCGCACCGCCCAUCAUCCGCCUGCUGGCCACGCACGAGGACAGCCGCCACCUGCACAUCGUCACGGACAAGGCCCAGGGCGGCGACCUCUUCAUGGCCCUCGCUGCGCGCUCCUCCUUCACCGAGGCUGAUGCUGCACACAUUGCGCGGCAGCUGCUGCAGGCGGUGGCGCUGUGCCAUGCGCGGGGCGUCACCCACCGCGACCUGAAGCCGGAGAACAUACUGCUGUCGGAUGCGCACUCGCUCGCCAUCAAGCUCGUGGACUUCGGCAGCGCUGCUCUCUUCCUCCCCGCCCCCACCACCACCACCAGCACCAACAACACCAGCACCACUAUCAGCAGCAGCAGCAGCACGGGAGAGGCAGCGCCGGGCGCGGGGAGUAAGGCAGAGCAGCGAGAGGGGAGCCCUGAGAGCACAGUGCAGCAUGGCAAGGCUGUGGUGCCGGGCGCAGAGGGCGCGGUGGUGCUGCGGGACUUCAUGGGCACAGCGUUCUACGCCGCGCCUGAGGUGUGGCUCCAUGCGUACGGCCCGCAGGCGGACAUGUGGAGUGCGGGCGCCGUGGUGGCCGUGCUGCUCACCGGGCCGCCCCCCAGUGGACUCACUCGCGCCACCGUGCACUCCAAUGCCACGUGGCAGGCCAUGCAGGUGAGGGGCGCGCAGCAGGGGAGAGAGAGGCACUGUGAAUGUGCAGGCAGGGGCAUAUGUGCUGAACGCUGGGCCUCCCUGUCGCCUGUACCCAAGACCUCAGCAGCAGCGCAGUCGUUCCUGCGUGCCCUGUUGGAGCCCGACCCCUGCCAGCGCCCCACAGCAGCCCACGCGCUGCUCCACCCCUGGCUGGCCGGCGCUGCAGCCGUUGCUGCAGAGGGUGGUGCAGAGGGUGGCGCCAUGGCCGUGACAGGGGAUGCUGCAGGGCACUGGGCGCAGCCCGCUGUGGCGGUGCGUGGGAGCCCUCAGGCCCGGGUCGCCAACCCUCGUGCCGCGCUCCUGGCGGGCGGAGGGCAGGCGAGUGUGGGGGAGAGAGCGACGGGGGCUGCAGCAGAGGCGCGGGAGGAGGGGACAGGGAAGGCAGGAGAGGAGGAUGGGGAGAGAGGGGAGAGGGAAGGGGAGGUGGCGGCAAGACGGGUGGGGCAAGAGGAAGAGGCGGUGUUACAGAAGGGGCUGGUGCAAGGAGGGGCAACAGGAGAGGGGCGUGUGAGGGGAGGCGUGCAGCUGGAGGGGUCGCUGCGAGGCUUCCGCCUGUAUGCAGCUACCAGGAAGCUUCAGCGCGCGUGCGUUGCCCUGCUGUCGCUGGAGCUCAGCGAGUCGGAGUUCCGCCAGCUCGUGCGCCAGCUGGCGAGUGCCACGUCAGCACCCGGCACGUCACUGGAGGCAGUGAGCGAAGCAGGAGACACGGGUGAGGGGCAGAGCGACCACAGGGGUGAGAAGCAGCAGCAGCAGCAGCAGCAGCAGUACCCCCCUUCAGGCAUGCUGUGUCUGCCAGCACUGGUUGCAAGCCUAGACGCCCUGGGCCACCAGUGGUUGUCGCAGCAGCUCAUGGCCGUGCACAGCAGUGUCAUGGCUCAGCAGGCCGUGGUGCUGCCGAGUAUGGUGCACGGGCAUGCGAUGACGGGAGUGGAGAGGGAGGAGCGUGUGCGAGGUGGCUGUGGGAUCGCUGCUGCACUGGAGAAGCAGCGCCAGGAGCAGCAGCAGGGAGCAGCCACCACCCCUCUCGCCCAUCAACCCCCGGCCGUGCCUCCGUCAUCGUCCUCCGCUACCAUCCCUCCCGUGCCCCUGUUUGACCUGCUUGACUUCUCUGCCCUCGUCACGCGCCACCACGACGUGCACCGCCUGCACCAUGAUCCCCACGACCACCACCCCCAUCAUCCCCACCACCACCCCCACUCCGUCGCCCAUGCUGCUGCUGCAGGUAGAGGAGGGAGGAGGGAGGGGAAGGCGAAGGGGAAGGGGAAGAUGGUUAGUCCGGAGAGCGAGAGCAAGGGCGUAGAGGCUGGGAGCAGCCAUCGUGGCUCGCGGCGGUUCUUUGGGCUUAUAAGGGCAGGCGAGGGGGAGAAGGAAGGUGAGAGAGGCGGCAGUGUGCAUGGCGGUAGCCUUCACGGGUCACGGCGGUUCUUUGGGCUCGUGAGGGCAGGCGAGGGGGAGAGGGAAGCAGAGAGUGGUGGCAGUGUGCACGGCGGCAGUGUCCACGGGUCAAGGCGGUUCUUCAGUGCCAUGAGGGCGACGGACGGCGAGCAGCACGACGGUGGCAGCAGCCUGCACGGGUCCCGGCGCUUCUUCGGCCUCUUGGGAGGCAGGGACGAGGACGAGGAAGGCAGUGGGGCAGGGAAGGAGGGCAGGGCGGGCGGCAGCCAGCACGGGUCACGGCGGUUCUUCACCAUGAUGCCCGGCAGCGGGGCGCCCAGCCCGGCAGCAGCAGGCGCGCCCAGCCCCGGAGGCAGCCUGCGCGGAAGCUUCCGCAUGGCCCGGCGCCUGGGGCUGCUGAGGACGGGUGGGGAGGAGGGCGAGGGCGAGGAGGAGGACAUGGCGAGCCCUAGUGCAGAUGGUGAUGUGGUGGGGGCUAUGGGCGCCCCCAGUGCAGCCCUGCUUGCCCCUCGAGGGCCGCUGUCUCCUCGCUCGCCGUCCGCCAGCACGCACAGCGACAACGCUGGUGGCUGGGCGCGACGACUCAACGCCCGCGCCAGUGCGGGCGGAGCCGGGAUGACGUGGCAGUCACCCGUUGGCCAAAGGAAGAGCCCUCUGGCCCUGGGUGUCUCGCCCCAGUCAGGUGGGCGGCAGCAGGGGCGAGGGGCGGUGGGGGGCGGUGCAAGCAAUGGUGCUACCACACUGCCUGCUGCUGCUAGUGCUGGGGCGGGUCAUGCGGAUCGCGGUGGGUUACCGGGUGGGGUGGGCAUGUUGAGCUGCCAGCGCGUGCAGUCGUGUGUGGACCUGGCGGCCAUGGGUGGGGCUGCUGGGGAUGAGUCCAGCCCCGCUGCACGCAAUGGCGGUUCCAGAGGGUGGGGGAGGGGGAGGGGGAAGGGGGGUUUCUGGGGCCCGGUGAAAGGGGGAGUGCAGGGAGGUGGUGGGAUGGGUGGAAUGAAUGGCAAGGGCACAUCGGUGCACGGAGAGUGCUUGUACAGGGAGUUUCUGCUCAGCGAGUGCACACCUUGA